AAUGUUCAUCCUGGAUCCAUGUGUCCAUGCUUUGAGUUUUGUUGUUUAGGUAAAGUAGUCAUAAGAUAGAAGGAAAAUUCAGUGAUAGAUAUUGAAGGCUUGAAGGAAUAUUAUUAAGUAUGCAGGUACCACCAGUUUUUAUUGAUAUGUCCCCUGAGGAUCAGGCUCAAGAACUUCGAGUAUACCUGAAAGGCCUGGGAGCAGAGAUUUCAGAAGAUAAAUCUCCAAAAGGAAUUGAGGAUGAUUUACAUAAAAUAAUUGGUGUUUCUGAAACUUGCUUCAAAGAGGGACAGGAAACUGAAGUAGAGAUGGUGUUGAAUGAUAUUGUAUCAAUAAUGGUCUUGAUUCCCUUGGAGAGAUCGGAAAAUUUGAUAUUGGCUUUUUGUGAGAAAUUAACGAAGGCCCAGGGCACCAAAUUGAGUAUUAUUUGUUUGAGAGCUUUAUGGCUUUUAUUCCAAUCUUUAGAUGAUCGUUCACCCAUGCGAUAUCCUGUGUAUUACCAUUUAAUUCAAAUUGCUAAGAUAACUGAUUCUGUCAAACUUGUUUACCAAGAUAUUGAUCAUCUCAAACAACAAUUCGCGAAGUGUCCUCCAUCAAGUGAUCAGCUUCAAAAAUUGUACAGACUCCUUCAUGAAGUAUUACUCAAGAGUAAUCAAAGUGAGCAAGCGGCAAUGGUAAUGAUCGAGCUCCUCGGAACUUAUACUGACAAAAAUGCAUCCCAUGCAAGAGAAGAUGCCAUCCGAUGCAUAGUUUCAGCUUUGGCUGAUCCCAAUACAUUCCUUUUGGACCCCUUAUUAUCUCUGAAACCAGUGAGCUUUCUUGAAGGCGAGUUGAUUCAUGAUUUGCUGAAUAUCUUCGUUAGUGAAAACCUUGCAACUUACUUGGAGUUUUACAAGGAGCAUAAGGAGUUUGUUACUUCCCAAGGUUUGAAUCAUGAUCAGAACAUGCAGAAGAUGCGGUUACUAUCAUUCAUGCAAUUAGCCGAGAGUAACCAGGAGAUCUUAUUCGAAAUGAUUGAGAAAGAGUUACAGAUCCGACCAGAUGAAGUUGAGAGUUUUAUAAUUGAGGUAUUGAAAACAAAAUUAGUACGUGCCCGAAUGGAUCAAUCAGCCAAAAAAAUAUAUGUGUCGAGUACAAUGCAUAGAACAUUCGGUAGAGCACAAUGGCAACAGCUACGAGAUUUGCUCCACUCUUGGAGAGGCAACUUGAGCUCGGUUCAAGAAGGUAUGAAAAGUGUUACAGCUGCUCAACUGGAAUUAAUAAAUCAGCAAUGAUGUAUAUUGAAGUGUUGAAUAAAAGUUAUCCAC